UUAACCCAUGUUGCUGCAAGAAAAGGGAAAGUGAAAGCACAAUGAAAUAUAUAGGGAGUGGGCAAGAAAAAUGACUUUCGCGCUUACUAACUUUUCGAUUUGCAUUCUCAUUUUACGGUAGAAUUGAAUUGCACGGCAUGUAUGUUGGAGGGUCAUGAAUCUAUAGGAUCAUCGGAGGAUCCCUAAAGUGAGGAUACAUUUGAUGUUUACGACCGUUGGAAAUCGAGGCACCAUGCACUUAGGGUUGUGUCUGAGGGUGCUGAUACUGGCUGCUCUCACAGUUCCCAUCAGAGCAGCUCAACCUGCCCAGAUGACAUUCACCUUAACUGUCCCUGAUGGUCCAACCUCGACCCUGUCUGGCUCCUCUGUCUCUCUACUCUGUCAAGUUUCACCUCUCUUCAAUGCUGAGUCAUUGGAGGUGCGCUGGUAUCGUUCCAGUAACUAUCACAGUCCUGCCUUGUUGUACAAAGAUCACAAGAUCCAGGAGGCCCCUCUGGACCCCCAGUACAGGGGCAGGGUGUCUCUAACUGGGGGGAUGGAGAGGGGGAACGUGUCCUUGACACUGGAGAGGGUCACACUGGAAGACAGGGGGGAGUAUGUGUGCCAAGUCACCAGUGAACAGUGGUAUGAAAAGGCCAGUGUCUUCCUCACAGUGAAUGUAACAGGUAGUGAACCAGUUCUCUCUGUAGCUGAAGCAAGAGGAGGAGGAGGCCAGCUGAACGUUACAUGUUCAUCAGCGGGCUGGUCACCACAACCUAAACUCACCUGGAGAAACAAAGAUGGGGCAGAGAUCAGAAAUGGACAAGAAGUACUCAACUCUUCUGAUCCCCAGGGCUUGGUGAGUGUUAGUAGUUGGCUGCUGUAUGCUCCCUCAUACUCCGAUUGGCUCGCCUGUACAGUCUCUCUGUCUGAGGAGGCGAAGAGAGAGGGCAGGAUUCUGCCACAUACAUACACAGCUCCUACAGCUGCACCUGGAGUCUCCAAAGAGGCCUUCAUUGUGACUCUGAUCCUGUUGGUCCUGUCUAUGGUCAUCAUCUGUGCUCUGUGCUCUGUCAUCCUGUGGAAGCGAAGAGGGUCCAUGUGGUCUUCAUCCCAAAAGUCCAGAAACCGUUCAGAUCAAACUGAGCUGGGACAGAAGCCGGCAGAGACAAAAAACCUAAUUGAAGGGGCAGAAAACACAAUCCCGAGACCUACCGACCAGAGAGCAGCUGGAAAAGAAGUGAAUCUGGAAGAGACAAAAAAACUAAUUGAAGGGGCAGAAAACACAAUCCCGAGACCUACCGACCAGAGAGCAGCUGGAAAAGAAGUGAAUCUGGAAGAGACAAAAAAACGAAUUGAAGGGGCAGAAAACACAGUGCCGACACCUCCCAAACAGAAAGCAGCUGGAAAAGAAUUGAAUCUGGAAGGUGCUCCGUUAGGGGCAGAAAACACAGUGCUGACCCCUCCCAAACAGAAAGCAGCUGGAAAAGAAUUUAAACUGGAAGGGGCAGAAAACACAGUGCCGAGACCUACCGAACAGAGAGCAGAUGGAAAACAAGUUCAUCUGGAAGAGACAAAAAACCUAAUUGAAGGUGCUCCGUCAGGGGCAGAAAACACAGUGCCGAGACCUAACGAACAGAGAGCAGAUGGAAAAGAAUUGAAUCUGAAAGGUGCUCCGUUAGGGGCAGAAAACACAGUGCCGAGACCUACCGAACAGAGAGCAGAUGGAAAAGAAUUGAAUCUGAAAGGUGCUCCGUUAGGGGCAGAAAACACAGUGCCGAGACCUACCGAACAGAGAGCAGAUGGAAAACAAGUUCAUCUGGAAGAGACAAAAAACCUAAUUGAAGGUGCUCCGUCAGGGGCAGAAAACACAGUGCCGAGACCUACCGAACAGAGAGCAGAUGGAAAAGAAUUGAAUCUGAAAGGUGCUCCGUUAGGGGCAGAAAACACAGUGCCGAGACCUACCGAACAGAGAGCAGAUGGAAAAGAAUUGAAUCUGAAAGGUGCUCCGUUAGGGGCAGAAAACACAGUGCCGAGACCUACCGAACAGAGAGCAGAUGGAAAACAAGUUCAUCUGGAAGAGACAAAAAACCUAAUUGAAGGUGCUCCGUCAGGGGCAGAAAACACAGUGCCGAGACCUACCGAACAGAGAGCAGAUGGAAAAGAAUUGAAUCUGAAAGAGACAAAAAACCUAAUUGAAGGUGCUCCGUCAGGGGCAGAAAACACAGUGCCGAGACCUACCGAACAGAGAGCAGAUGGAAAAGAAUUGAAUCUGAAAGGUGCUCCGUUAGGGGCAGAAAACACAGUGCCGAGACCUACCGAACAGAGAGCAGAUGGAAAACAAGUUCAUCUGGAAGGUGCUCCGUUAGGGGCAGAAAACACAGUGCCGAGACCUACCGAACAGAGAGCAGAUGGAAAACAAGUUCAUCUGGAAGAGACAAAAAACCUAAUUGAAGGUGCUCCGUCAGGGGCAGAAAACACAGUGCCGAGACCUAACGAACAGAGAGCAGAUGGAAAAGAAUUGAAUCUGAAAGGUGCUCCGUUAGGGGCAGAAAACACAGUGCCGAGACCUACCGAACAGAGAGCAGAUGGAAAAGAAUUGAAUCUGAAAGGUGCUCCGUUAGGGGCAGAAAACACAGUGCCGAGACCUACCGAACAGAGAGCAGAUGGAAAACAAGUUCAUCUGGAAGAGACAAAAAACCUAAUUGAAGGUGCUCCGUCAGGGGCAGAAAACACAGUGCCGAGACCUACCGAACAGAGAGCAGAUGGAAAAGAAUUGAAUCUGAAAGGUGCUCCGUUAGGGGCAGAAAACACAGUGCCGAGACCUACCGAACAGAGAGCAGAUGGAAAAGAAUUGAAUCUGAAAGGUGCUCCGUUAGGGGCAGAAAACACAGUGCCGAGACCUACCGAACAGAGAGCAGAUGGAAAACAAGUUCAUCUGGAAGAGACAAAAAACCUAAUUGAAGGUGCUCCGUCAGGGGCAGAAAACACAGUGCCGAGACCUACCGAACAGAGAGCAGAUGGAAAAGAAUUGAAUCUGAAAGGUGCUCCGUUAGGGGCAGAAAACACAGUGCCGAGACCUACCGAACAGAGAGCAGAUGGAAAAGAAUUGAAUCUGAAAGGUGCUCCGUUAGGGGCAGAAAACACAGUGCCGAGACCUACCGAACAGAGAGCAGAUGGAAAACAAGUUCAUCUGGAAGAGACAAAAAACCUAAUUGAAGGUGCUCCGUCAGGGGCAGAAAACACAGUGCCGAGACCUACCGAACAGAGAGCAGAUGGAAAAGAAUUGAAUCUGAAAGGUGCUCCGUUAGGGGCAGAAAACACAGUGCCGAGACCUACCGAACAGAGAGCAGAUGGAAAAGAAUUGAAUCUGAAAGGUGCUCCGUUAGGGGCAGAAAACACAGUGCCGAGACCUACCGAACAGAGAGCAGAUGGAAAAGAAUUGAAUCUGAAAGGUGCUCCGUCAGGGGCAGAAACCACAGUGCUGACACCUACCGAACAGAGAGCAGAUGGAAAAGAAUUGAAUCUGAAAGGUGCUCCGUCAGGGGCAGAAACCACAGUGCUGACACCUACCGAACAGAGAGCAGAUGGAAAAGAAUUGAAUCUGAAAGGUGCUCCGUUAGGGGCAGAAAACACAGUGCCGAGACCUACCGAACAGAGAGCAGAUGGAAAACAAGUUCAUCUGGAAGAGACAAAAAACCUAAUUGAAGGUGCUCCGUCAGGGGCAGAAAACACAGUGCCGAGACCUACCGAACAGAGAGCAGAUGGAAAAGAAUUGAAUCUGAAAGGUGCUCCGUUAGGGGCAGAAAACACAGUGCCGAGACCUACCGAACAGAGAGCAGAUGGAAAACAAGUUCAUCUGGAAGGUGCUCCGUCAGGGGCAGAAAACACAGUGCCGAGACCUACCGAACAGAGAGCAGAUGGAAAAGAAUUGAAUCUGAAAGGUGCUCCGUUAGGGGCAGAAAACACAGCGCUGACCCCUCCCAUACAGACAGCAGUUGGACAAGAUUUGAAUCUGAAAGGUGCUCCAUUAGGGGCAGAAAACACAGCGCUGACCCCUACCAUACAGAAAGCAGCUGAAAAAGAAUUGAAUCAGGAAGGUGCUCCGUUAGGGGCAGAAAACACAGCGCUGACCCCUCCCAUACAGAAAGCAGCUGAAAAAGAAUUGAAUCUGGAAGGUGCUCCGUUGGGGGCAGAAAACACAGCGCUGACCCCUCCCAUACAGAAAGCAGCUGAAAAAGAAUUGAAUCUGGAAGGUGCUCCGUUAGGGGCAGAAAACACAGCGCUGACCCCUCCCAUACAGAAAGCAGCUGAAAAAGAAUUGAAUCUGGAAGGUGCUCCGUUAGGGGCAGAAAACACAGCGCUGACCCCUACCAUACAGAUAGCAGCUGAAAAAGAAUUGAAUCAGGAAGGUGCUCCGUUAGGGGCAGAAAACACAGCGCUGACCCCUACCAUACUGAAAGCAGCUGAAAAAGAAUUGAAUCAGGAAGGUGCUCCGUUAGGGGCAGAAAACACAGCGCUGACCCCUACCAUACAGAAAGCAGCUGAAAAAGAAUUGAAUCAGGAAGGUGCUCCGUUAGGGGCAGAAAACACAGCGCUGACCCCUCCCAUACAGAAAGCAGCUGAAAAAGAAUUGAAUCAGGAAGGGUUAGAAAACACAGUGCCGAGACCUACCGAACAGAGAGCAGAUGGAAAAGAAUUGAAUCUGAAAGGUGCUCCGUUAGGGGCAGAAAACAGAGCGCUGACCCCUACCAUACAGAAAGCAGCUGAAAAAGAUUUGAAUCAGGAAGGUGCUCCGUUAGGGGCAGAAAACACAGUGCCGAGACCUACCGAACAGAGAGCAGAUGGAAAAGAAUUGAAUCUGAAAGGUGCUCCGUUAGGGGCAGAAAACACAGCACUGACCCCUCCCAUACAGAAAGCAGCUGGAAAAGAAUUGAAACUGGAAGGGGCAGAAAACACAGUGCCGAGACCUACCGAACAGAUAGCAGAUGGAAAAGAAUUGAAUCUGAAAGGUGCUCCGUUAGGGGCAGAAAACACAGCGCUGACCCCUCCCAUACAGAAAGCAGCUGAAAAAGAAUUGAAUCUGGAAGGUGCUCCGUUAGGGGCAGAAAACACAGCGCUGACCCCUACCAUACAGAAAGCAGCUGAAAAAGAAUUGAAUCAGGAAGGUGCUCCGUUAGGGGCAGAAAACACAGUGCCGAGACCUACCGAACAGAGAGCAGAUGGAAAAGAAUUGAAUCUGAAAGGUGCUCCGUUAGGGGCAGAAAACACAGUGCCGAGACCUACCGAACAGAGAGCAGAUGGAAAAGACUUGAAUCUGGAAGGGGCAGAAAACACAGUGCUGAGACCUACCGAACAGAGAGCAGAUGGAAAAGACUUGAAUCUGGAAGGGGCAGAAAACACAGUGCUGAGACCUACCGAACAGAGAGCAGAUGGAAAAGACUUGAAUCUGAAAGGUGCUCCGUUAGGGGCAGAAAACACAGUGCUGACCCCUCCCAUACAGAAAGCAGCUGAAAAAGAAUUGAAUCUGGAAGGGGCAGAAAACACAGUGCUGAGACCUACCGAACAGAGAGCAGAUGGAAAAGACUUGAAUCUGAAAGGUGCUCCGUUAGGGGCAGAAAACACAGUGCUGACCCCUCCCAUACAGAAAGCAGCUGAAAAAGAAUUGAAUCUGGAAGGGGCAGAAAACACAGUGCUGAGACCUACCGAACAGAGAGCAGAUGGAAAAGACUUGAAUCUGAAAGGUGCUCCGUUAGGGGCAGAAAACACAGUGCUGACCCCUCCCAUACAGAAAGCAGCUGAAAAAGAAUUGAAUCUGGAAGGGGCAGAAAACACAGUGCUGAGACCUACCGAACAGAGAGCAGAUGGAAAAGACUUGAAUCUGAAAGGGGCAGAAAACACAGUGCCGAGACUUUCCAAAAAGAGAGCAGCUGGAAAAGAAGUGAAUUCGGAAGAUUGGCACCAGGUGAAAGGAUUCAAAGUUCCCUCAGAGAACAUCAUUCUGGAUGAAAAGACUGCGCACCCUGCUAUUAGAGUCAAUCAUGGAAAGUGGGCUUUUUACCUGAAAGAAAAAGAUACAGAAAAAAAAACUCUGCAUCUCCAUGUAUUUUCUAAAGAGAGUUUCAGUUCAGGACGACACUAUUGGGAAAUGAAGGUAAAGGAACGAACAACAGAAAAACUGUCCUGGUAUGUUGGUGUGGCCAGAGAAAAUGGUUUCCAUGUCAAUACUGACCCUCAUCCACCAAUAACUGUGGCAGAGCUCACUAUUGUGGGAGUGUUUCUAGACUGUGACAGACACACUCUGUCUUUUUAUAAUGUUGAUACAGCGUCACUUCUUUACACUUUUACUGAUGUGAAGACAUCAAACUACUUUCCUGUGUUCAGCCCGGGACAACGUGACAAAUACACAAUAAGAAUAAUUUGAAUGCAUACCAAAACCAUUUUCACACCACUGAGCCAAGUCGAGCUGUACUGAGCUGGUCUGGUUAAGCAUCCACUGUAGUUGCUGUAGCCGUGCCGGAAAGGACAAUGUGAAAAUAGAAUAUUAGAGCCAGCACAGUAUAGGUUGGGUCAGCACGAUAGUGUCAAAAGGGUCUGAGAUGCAGCUGAAAUUCAUGUCAAAUGAAUCAUACAUUAUAUACAUUUUGUGUUAUUCAGUGAUUGUAAAUGUGUAUCUUUUUCCCAAAAUGUUUUCAGACGCCACAAGAAAAAGAGAACACUAGUAAUGGCGUCUUUUUGUAGGAUAUAACUCCGCCAUGGUUCGUUGAACAAACCCUACUGGAAAAUGAAUGGAUUUUUGGUAGGGUAUUUGGAUAAACUUUGAAACUGAGGUCUGUGGUAAACACAGGCUUAAGAGCUAAUUUUCAUCAGCUAACGUCACUUCGAUUUUUUUAAAGCAUUUAUGCAAUCAGAAAAAACACAAAGGCUUAAUUCCUAACGUUCAGACGUUAUUUUCUGCGUUUAUCCCAAAACCGUAUUCUUUCCCCCUAAGAAUAGCUGAACGAACCAAAACUUACUCAUACAAAUGUUUUAGGGCUACAAGCUGGCGAGUUUUAUAAAAUCAACCAAAAAUCUUUGACUUUUUUUCUACCUGUAGCUAGAUUAAGAAUGUAAACUGUGAAGCUACUGUUGUACAAGUUAGCAAUAUCCUUUGCAUUCUACAGUUCUGUUAAUGUUGUCCCAAUUAAUAAAUGACUGUAAUCUGUU